UGUCAUGUCAGUCCCGUGACAUUUUCAUGUCGUAAGGGUGUCAUAAUAUAAACUGCAGUCAGGGAUCUCCAUUUUCUUCGGUCUUCUUGUCAAUGCACUGAAUUGCUGUUUUAGCAGAGAGCAGAAAUUUAAGCACCGAUCUCUUUCUUUAAUUUCUCUUGCGCAAAAAAUGCCUAAUGAAAAUGCGCACAAUAAUGAUCACGUUAAACCGUCGUGGAUCUGCUGUUUUAGUUCGAAAGAACAUGAUGACGAAAAAAAGCCACUAGUUGAACCGCAUCAAAGUUGUUAUGAAACUGCAAAUUCCAAUGGCCAAGGAGUAUUGCAGAACAACAGCGAACAAGGUUUCAACCCAAAUGCUAAUGAUGGCAAUGCAAAGUCAAGCACUGAUCCACCACCAAGAGAGAAACCAGAAAAAAUCGAAAUGAAGCCACUUGGAAUGACUAAAGUUGAUGAAAUUUUCACAAAGUUUGAAGACGCUUGUAAUCUUUUCUAUAAAAGUAAAAGCGACAUGCAAUUUGCCGUAAAUGAUUUCAAGACGGCUAUGGAGAACACAGGUGAAUUUGAUCGGUGUUUUGGGGAUUUCAUAAAUGAGGUAAGUAGCGAACGGCAACGAGUCGUAAUAAAGAAAAUGGCUUUGCAAUUUCCAAAAGCGGUCCUAAAGCAAGCCGGGUCCGUUGGGCAUGCAGCAACAGCGCUUGUAACCAUCGUAAAUGUGUACAAGCAAUUAAGGGAGUUACCAGUUAAGGUUUGGGAGAAAAAUCUGAAAUGUGUCGAAUGUGUCGUGGAGCUGGACAUCAGCGAUAUUCAUGCAGCUCAGAAAGCUGAAGGAGGAAAUUUAAACACAGCGCAAGUCAUUCUUCGCGACAACAUAAAGCAGGUUAAGAAAGCGUCCAAAAUGGUAAAGGAUUUCUUUGAAUAUGCGUCCAACAGCAUAGUGCGUAUUGUCAUCAACGAGUUUGGCGAUAUUGAGGAAUUCCAAAAGAAAAACAAAAAAAUUGAAGACGACAUGAACAAGAUCAAUGACAAAAUUAAUCAAAUUGAAAAUCCUCAGCCACCGGAAGAAAUAAAAUUCAAAUCACUUGGGAUUCCAACGAUGGACGAAAUCUUCACUGAUAUUGCCAACUUGAUGAACCCCGUGAUAAAAUUAAGCCAGGAUCUGGUCGAAGCAAGAGUCCGUGUAGAAAAGGCAAUCAAAGACCUGUGUGAAAUUCGAGACGACCCUUCAAAAGUAUUCAAUGACUAUUUGGAAGAACUUAAAACACGACUAGAAAAAGAUGAAAUAUAUAUUGUUCUUGAAAUAAAUGGCAACCAUAUUGAAGUAAAAAAAGUGGAAGGCUUGGAACCAAACCAGGUUAAAGAUUUGGAAUCUAGUUUGAACGAAGUAAUUCAAUGCGUUGAGGAGUUGGAGGAUAUUGCUAAAGAUUCAUUAAAGCGAACGAAGGAUUUAAUUGAGGAUAUCAGCAACGUACCAAAAUCCCAGAUCACAAAUAACCUCAACGUCAAAGAGUUAACCGUUAAAAUGUCAGCGAUUAAAGAAAAUUCAAAACAAGCAAAGAAGAUUCCGAAAGAUUUAAAAUUUUUUGUCAAUUUUGCCAAAAGCUUGAAAUUUGAUAUUCUUGAUGUUCUGUCCACACAGGAAAAUGAUGGCUAGAAAGAGGAAUAAUGAAGAAAUAAUGUUGCUUAUGUCGUGAUUGUCGAUCAAAUAAGUAAAACAUCUAGAUACCUGUGCUGUUUUGACAUUUAAUUUUAACUCCUUUAUGGCUAUUAAUAAAUACUAUAGUUUUA